UAAACAAUAUAAUAUCGAUGAAAAAAAAUUAUUAUCAACAUCAACAUGUACUUUAUGUAUAGAUAAUAAAUUGGAAAAAAAUUAUUUAUCAAAUAAUAAUUAUCUUGAGGAUAAACUUUAUUCAAGUGAAAAAAAUAUAUCUCAUGAGGAUAUUGAUAAUUUUGAUAAAACACAAUGUAAUUAUAAAUAUCAUGAUGAAACAAUAUAUCCACGUAAACGUUCAAAAAGUUUAAAUAAUAAAAAUAAUAAUAAUUAUGAUGAAAAUUAUAAAAAUAAAUUUGAAAAUACAUCAACAACAUCAUUAGCAUUAAAGAAUGAUAAUUCAUUAUCAAAUAACUUGAACUUAAAAAGGUCAAAUGAUAAUUUAGUCUCAAGAUUAAAUACACAAAAAUUAUUAUCAACAAAAAGCUAUGAAAAUAUUGAUAAUAAAUAUAAUAUAAAUUCAUAUAUUUUAAAAAAAUAUAAUAGUGUUGAAAUAAAAUUUUUAACAAAUAAAAAGACUGACUUAACAACUCCAUUGUAUUUAUCAGUAACAAAUAAAGUUAAAAAAAAAAAAGCUGAUAAUACAAAAACUCAAUUAACAAGUGAGCAUAAAAAAAUAAAAUUACCCAAUAAUAAAUUAAAAAAUUAUAAUUACAUAUAUAAUAAUAAUUAUGAUGAAAAAAAAAAAGAAGGGAUAAUAAAAUUUUAUGAUGAUACAAAAAUAAUAAAUAUUAAAAAAAAAAUUAUUCAUUUGAGCAGUGACAAUAUCAGUGAUAAUACAUUUAACAAAGAUAAAAUUUUAUCUUGUUCAUUGAUUAAUAAAUAUCAUGAUAAUACAUUAUUAAAAUCAACAAGUGAAAGUGUUGCUACAUUGAAUGAUUGUAUUUUAAAAUUACAAACUAAUAAAUCAAUUGAUUUAUCAAAUAAUAAUAGUAAUAAAAAUUCAACAAGUGUUUUAAAUAAUAAAAUUAAUGAAAAAUUAAAUAUGAAGCCUUUUUUAAGAAUGAUAAGAAUUAAAGAAAAAUUAAUAUUUGCUUUUAGUGCAUUUGCCAUAUUAUUUACAGUAUUGUUAGUGAUGGAUUUACAAAUGGAUUUGGGAUACAGUGGUCAUCAUUUAGUACCAAGUCAUGGACGUGUUAAAAUGAACGAUGAUCAAUAUCGUGAUACUGUUUAUAAUAAUUUUCGUCGUAGAUUUAAAUAUCGUGCUAAUACAAGUAAAGAAAUUUUAUCAACUAAUUUUAUUUUAUCAUCAACACAAAAUGCUAAUAAUAAUAAUGAAUUGAGUGAUAGUGAUAAUAAAAAUAAAGGUGAUAAUAAUGAUAAAAAAAAAUUACAUGAUGAAUUUUUUGAUCUUAUUAAUGUUGUUAUGAAUGAUGAUGGUAUUGAUACAGACAGUGGUGUUGUGAGAAAUAGUGGUGAAGAUUAUAAUGAUAAUCUUAGUAUUGGUGAAAUGCUUGGUAUCACUGAGAGAAUAAAUUCAACAACAUUAGAAAAAUUUCAUCUGCAGAUAUCGAGAUUAGAACUUUAUCCAGAUAAUUCUAAUAAUGUACAACAAUUGUUACAUGAAAUGGCAACAAAACAAAUUUUACAUGUUGCCCAAAAAGAAGGCGGUACACAAUUAAAAUUAGUCAUUGAUUAUCCAAAUGAUUUACAAGCACUUUUUAAACCAAUGAGGUUUGGAAGAGACCGUCAAACACUACCAAAUCAUUUUUAUUUUACGGAUUUUGAAAGACACGUUGCUGAAAUAGCAACAUAUCAUCUUGACAAACUACUUGGAUUUAGACGUGCACCACCAGUUACAGGUAGAAUAUUAAAUAUGACAACUGAAAUAUAUCAAGUUGCUGAAGGUGAUUUACUUAAAACAUUUUUUGUAAGUCCAGCUGGAAAUAUGUGUUUUCAUGGUAGAUGUAGUUAUGUGUUAUGUGGAUAUAAUAUCAGUAAAAAGGCAUCAAUAAGGCUUGAUUCAAAUUAUUGUAAUUUCAUAAGAGAAAUACCACCAUAUGAUGAUGGUCGUCGUUUAUUAGAUUUAAUUGACAUGUCAGUACUUGAUUUUUUAUCUGGUAAUAUGGAUAGACAUCAUUAUGAGACAUUAAAAAUAUAUGGAAAUAAUACAUUUCCAUUGCAUCUUGAUCAUGGACGUGGUUUUGGUAAACCAUAUCAUGAUGAAACAUCAAUACUUGCACCAUUAUUACAAUGUUGUAUUAUCAGACAAAGCACCCUCAGGACUUUACUCAAAUACCAUAAUAAUCAACCACAACGACUGAGUAGUGCAAUGCGUCAAAGCAUGGCAAAGGAUCCCGUAACGCCUGUCCUGUGGGAACCACAUCUAACUGCACUUGACAGACGAGUUGGUAUCAUUCUACAAGCUGUACGUGAUUGUUUAAAUCAUAGUAAUCAACAAAAUGAUAAUUCAAUUCAAGAUAUAUUUAAAUUAAAAGAAAAAACAUAAUUUUUAAAGCAAACAACUAAACAAGUUACGUAAAUUUACUUGUUUUUUGUUUUUUUAACAAAUAUAAAUAUUAUAUUCAUAUUAUAAUUAUAAUAAUAAUAAUAAUCGUAAUGUCGAAAAAUGAAUGCAGCUUGAUGCAAAUUACAAUGUGUGAUGUAUAUAAUAUAUUUAAAUUUUAUUAGUUGAAUUUUAAGUUGAUUAAUUAAUUCGAUAAAUGAUUUUAACUAAAUAAAAAUUUAAAUAUGAUAAAUUAAUUUUUAAUGUUUAUGACUGUAAUUAUAUGUAAAUGAUGUAUAAAAAAAAAUGAAAUAAUUAUUACCGAUGAACAAAUAAAGAAAUUAAAUUUUUUGUUUUUUUAUAAUAGAUACAUCGGAUAAAAUCUGAUGAUUAUUUUGAAUAUAUGUGUGGAUAAAAAUUAUGAUGUGUUAAUUUUUAUUAAUAGUCUGAUUUACCAAAUUUAUUUUUAUGUUUUGUUAUUGUUAUGUUUAUAUUUUAUUAUUUAUAUAUGUAAAUUUAUGAUGUUUAUUGAUAAUAAUUUGAUCGAAUAACAAAUAUCAUGAAUUAAUUUACAUAUUUUUUUUAUUAAUUACUUAUAAAAUUUGUGAUUAUUUGU